AUGGAUCUCAAGGAAAAUGAGUUGAGGGAAAACGCUGCAGCGGCUGCAGCAGCAGCAGCAGCAGCAGAAGAUGCCACAGCCAACGCACACGCAGCCGACUGCAGCAGGAACUGCCGCAGCAGCAGCGCCAGCAGCUGCUCCUGCAGCAGCAGCAGCAGCGGGGCUGCAGCGCCGUCCGUAGUGAGCACCAAGCCACAAACUGCAGCAGCAGCAGCAGCUUUAGCUGCUACUGCUGCAGCUGCACCCACCAUCGGGACAGCAGCGGCUGCUGCUGGUGGCUCUGCUGCAGCAGCAGCAGCAAAUGAGCCACAUGAAGCAGCAGCAGCAGAACAAAGCUGCUGCUGUGGCCCGAGAGAAAUUUCGGCAGAAGCUGCUGCUGGCAACACCUCCUGCCCCCCCCAAACCCCAAAUCCAAUUUAUGACACAAAGACAGAAGACCCUUCUUUGGGAGACCCCCGGGGGGCCCCCCCGGGGGCCCCUCUAGAGGGUACCCGGGGGACCCACCUGGGGGGCCCCCCGAGGGGCCCCCCGGGGGGCCCCCCGGGGGGCCCCCCAGGGGGGCCCCCCCGGGGCCCCCAGGGAGGCCCCCAGAGGGGCCUCAGCCUGGGGGCCGGGCCCGCGGGCGACUUGACGGACCUCGUGGACGCGCUGUGGGCGCAGCGCCGCCGCAGGGCCCUUCAGCAGCAGCAGCAGCAGCAGCAGCAGGAGGGGGGGCUGCUGCAGCAGCAAACAGAGGAAGCAGCAGCAGACCACGCAGGCGCGCAGCACGCGAGGGCCAAACACAGAGCAGCAAAAAGGAGAAGAUGA